CGUGCUCCCACCCCCCCCCUGCGGCUUGCUGCUGACGAUUUGACGAGCCGACUCAUUAUCCCCGGUUUUCCUCCGCCCGAACAACGAGCCACCCGCAACCGAGCCUUUUGGUUUCUCCUAUUCACCACCCACGGACAGUUUACGGUCUGACUUGCACCCCCCCCUUUAGCCACCAGCACCAGGCUGAGGGCUACCCACACAGAUGCGUCCCGAGGCGGCGCGAGAGCGCGACCUACACAGGUAUUACAAGCCGUGGAAGGAUGCACAAAACUCGCUGGUGGACAUCCAGGAGGAUGCCCGGGGCGAGAACGCAUGGGGCCUCACGUACGAGGGCUACAAGCCCAAGGCAUCGGGCGACAAGGCCCUGACGGCCUUUGCACAGCUGGCCGCCCUGCGGCUUGACGUCCGCCGCUCCAUGGUCUCGCUCAUCGACAGCACCCAGCAGUACAUCCUCGCCGAGGCAACCCGCACCCUCUCGCUGCUGUCGGAGCGCCGCUACACGCCCGGGGACGAGGUGUGGCUGGGCAACACCAUCAUCAAGAGGGCCGACGCCGUCUGCCCGCACACCUUCAAGUCGAGGUACACGGCCACCGACGGCGACGGCCGCACCUACACCACCGAGGCGCUCGUGGUGCCCGACAUGCGCGAGGACGACCGCUUCAAGGACCGGGAGUACGUCGUCCGCAAGCCGGGGGUGCUGUUCUACGCCGGGGUCCCCAUCAAGACCAAGGCGGGCCACAGGAUCGGCGUCUAUGCCGUGUCGAACGAGGCGCCGCGGUUCGGGCUGAGCGUGGACGAGCUCAUCUUCAUGGAGGACGUCGCCGCCACGAUCAUGGAGCACCUCGAGCUCGCCAAGGACCGCGACGCGAUGAUGAACGGGUCGAGGAUGGUAAGGGGCCUCGCUGACUUUAUAGAGGGCAUCCCGGUGGGCGGGGGGGACGAGCCCGAGGUCGUGCUCACCUCCACGUCGACCAUGCCCAUCAGCACCUCCAUGGAGGACCAGAAGGCGUCGCCGGUCAUAUCCGCCGUCAUGCGCAAGCAGACCCAGAACGCCAAGAAGAUGCUGGAGGACCUGGACGAGAUCACCACCACCUCGAGCCUCAAAGACGACAAGCCCGCCGAGCCCUGCUCGCCGAGGGAACCAAGCAAGCCCUCGGCCAAGAGCAGCAGCAGCAGCAGCAGCAGCAGCGACACCGACCCGAACCGGAUCCUCCAGCGGGCGACGCACAUCAUCCGCAAGUCGACCAACGCCGACGGCGUCGUCUUCUUCAACACGUCGUCCCGCGCCUUCCAGGGGCUGGGCCGGCUGCCGGCGCCCGCGCCCGCGGACCACUGCGACGCCUCGUCGGGGAUCACGUCGGGCAGCGACCGGCAGAGCGACAACUCGGCGGCGGCGCAGCCGCCCACGCGGCGGCCGCGCAACCGGCGCGUGGACUCGGGCGAGUCGCAGGACGACCUGCGGGGGGGCAGGCAGCGGCGGCCCUCGCCGGCGUGCGAGGUGAUGGGGCUGUCGGUGUCGCAGCACGCCCAGCAGCAGUACCAGUACGGGCGGCUCGCGGCCGGGGACUUCCAGUUCCCCGAGGACAGCAUGGAGCGGUACUUCAAGGCGUUCCCGCACGGCAAGUUCUUCAGCUUCACGGACACGGGCAGCGGCAUCAGCUCGGGCGACGAGCUGUCGGCCGAGGACAGGCCGCAGCCGGGGGCGGGAGCGGGGGCGGUCGAGGCCGGGGGCGGCGGGGCGGACGGUUCAAGUUCGGCGGCGGCGCGCGGCGACAAGUCCGGGGGAGGAGGAGGGGGAGGCGGAGGGGGAGGCGGAGGCGGAGGGGCAGGGCGCAACAAGAGGGAGCGGUUCAUCCCCAGCGAGCUGCUCAAGGUGCUGCCGGGGAUCCGGUCGCUCAUCUUCCUGCCGCUGUGGGACUUUACCGAGGGGAAAUACCUGGCGGGCGGCUUCAUCUGGACGUCGACGGCGGGCCGGCUGAUGAACCCGGACAACGAGCUGCCGUACCUCAAGGCGUUUGGGAACAGCAUCAUGAGCGAGAUAUCACGGGCCAGGGCGCAGAAGAGCGACCUGGCCAAGACGACGUUCAUUGCGUCGAUCAGCCACGAGCUCAGGUCCCCCCUGCACGGCAUACUCGGGUCGGUGGAGUUCCUGCACGAGACGGCCGUGUCGGGCUACCAGGCCGGGCUCUUCACGUCGAUCGAGACGUGCGGCAAGACGCUGCUGGACACGAUCGACCACGUGCUGGACUACGCAAAGAUCAACAAGCUGCGCAAGGGCAACUCGACGCGCAAGCAGCGGGGCCACCGCCCGAGCAGGUCGAGCCACCGGCGCGACACGGUGGGCAGCAUCGUGGGGCUGACGGCCGAGUUCGACCUGGCCGCGCUGGUGGAGGAGGUCGUCGACGCCGUGACGGCGGGCCACGCGUUCCGGAGGACGCACCAGGGGACGCUGCACGACCACGCGGCGUCGGGGGGCGGGGGGCUGGCCAUCACUGCUUCCUCUGCUUGUUCUUCUUCUUCAUCUUCUUCUUCCUCCACCCUCACCACCACCACCACAGCCACACGCGAGAUAGACCCGGUGGUGAUCCUCGACAUCAAGCCCCGGCACAGCUGGCUCGUGCGGACACAACCCGGGGCCCUGCGGCGCAUCGUCAUGAACCUGCUGGGCAACGCGCUCAAGUACACCGAGGCCGGGUUCGUCGGGGUGUCGCUGGCGGUGGAGGGCGAGGCCGACUCGCACGCGCGGGUGCGGCUGCGCUUCGCCGACUCGGGCAAGGGCAUGUCGCUCGAGUUCCAGCGCACGCGGCUCUUCUCUCCGUUCUCGCAGGAGGACCCCUUCGCCUCGGGGACGGGGCUGGGGCUCAGCAUCGUGCGGCAGAUCGUCGACGCGCUGGACGGGAGUAUUUCUGUGAGCAGCACGCAGGACCACGGCACCGAGGUCGACGUCGUCCUCACCCUGCCUGUGCCGGUGCCGGGGCCGGGCGACAGCAGCAACGGCAGCGGCAAUAACAAGGCCCCUGCCCCUGGCCAUGGCGAGCCCUUCGACACGGCGUUCGCGAGGGGCGCGCGCAUGUGCAUCGUCGACCCGUGCGGCCUCGCGGCCGAGGCGGGUGCCGAGCCGCGCGGGUCCGGGCUCCGGGCGCUGGACCUCCUCGAGGACACGCUGCGCAGCAACUCGGAGGAGUGGUUCGGCAUGCAGGUCGAGACGCUGGGGGGGCACGAGGGGGAGGAGGAGCCCGACGACAAUCCCGGCGGGCCCCCUGAGUGCGACUACAUGCUCUUCCCCCUCCCGCCGGCCUCGGCAGACGCUCUCCUGAGGUGGUAUAAUAACAAGGACAGCAAUAACAACAACAACAGCAGCAACAGCACGGGCCCGGCCAACGUCAUCGUCCUCUGCAGCAACACGGCCCAGGCGUCCGAGUUCCGCGCCGCCGUCGCCGCGCCCCUGCUGCGCCGCGGCAUCCACGCCGUGCCCGUGACGCAGCCGCUGGGGCCGCGCAAGUUCGCCAGCGUGAUGCACAAGUUCAGCGCGGGGGGCGACGGGGCCGGGGCCGGGCUGCAGAAACACCAGAACCAGAACCACCAGCAGCACCAGAACCAGCGGGCCGUGCUCGGGCGGCAGGACUCGGACCCCGAGGCCAUCCGCCGCGAGCGGGACAUGCUCCGCGAGGCGCAGAGGGCGCGGCUGGCCGAGGAGGCCGAGGCUGCUGCUGCUGCUGCUGCUGCCGGUGGGGGGGAGACGACGCCGGCGGUGGAGGCCGGCGGGACACGGCGGCUCCCUGAGCGGCCUGGGCCGGGGGUUCUUGUCGGCGGGGCCGAAGCGGGCGGCGAGGGGGCGAUGGCGUCGGCGUCGUCGGGACCACAACGACAACAACAACAACAACAGAAACAACAACAGAACAUGGCGCUCGCGCGCGGCAGGGCCGGGUCCGUGUCGCGGUCCAUCUCGGCGCCGCCGGACAGGAUCCUGCCACCGCAGCAGCAGCAGCAGCAGCAGCAGGAGGACGGCGCCGGGACGGGGGCGGACUCGUCACGGUCAGGGGCAGGGGCAGUCGUCGGGGCCCGGCCGCCGCACGUGCUGCUGGUCGACGACAACGACAUCAACCUGCAGCUGCUGGUCAUGUUCAUGCGGAAGCAGGGCCUGAGCUACGACACGGCGUGCAACGGGCUGGUGGCGCUGGAGAAGUACGAGGCGGCGUGGCCGGGCGGGACGACGACAACCACAUCAACAUCGUCACCAUCAUCAGCAUCAGCAGCAGCAGUAACAUCAACAACAGGAACAUCAUCAACAUCAACAGCAACAGCAGCACUGCCCUCCCCGCCCAACAGCGGCGGGACCAGCCCGAAGAUGCCGACCACCACGCCCACACCCACACCCACAGAAACAGCACCGCGGGGCCACCCCCAGCCCAAUCCCACCCACACCCACACCCCCACCACCAAGAAGCCCUUCACGCACAUCCUCAUGGACCUCUCGAUGCCCGUCAUGGACGGGCUCACGGCGACGCGGCGCAUCCGGGCCGUCGAGGCCGAGAGGAGGGGCGCGGGCGCGGGCGCGGGCGCGGGCGCGCCGGCGACCAUCAUCGCGCUGACGGGGCUGGCGAGCGCCGAGGCGCAGGACGACGCCCUCGUCGCGGGCAUCAACAAGUUCCUCGUCAAGCCUGUCAAGUUUGGGGAGCUGAGGGGGCUGCUGAGGGGGGGCUGCUGA